AUGAUACCUCCGCUCCAGUUCGAGUCGUACAAAGUCCGGCCCGACCGCCGUGGCAGCGACCCAGGCCCGGUCGCGCCGGCGACGUGGCAGCUGCCCUUCUCGCGCGUCUCGCCGCAGGCCCUCGGCAUGGACUCGGUGCGGCUCUGCGCCAAGAGCGAGUGGGCGCCGAAGGGCAAGGACGUGCGCUGCGCGUGCUGCGACAAGAAGCUCAUCCUCUUUGGGAAGCACAACUGCCGUGUCUGUGGCGACCUCGUGUGCGGCCGCUGCUCGGUCAAGCGCAUCAAGACGUCGUCGCUCAAGUCGAUACGUACCUGCGACAAGUGCGUCCAACACAACCUGAUGCAGUUCAACCGCCGCCGCCAGCACCAACAACACGCCGCGACCGAGGCCGCGCCUGUCGUGAGCCGCCCGAUCGUCGCGCCGCGCCCGCGCGCCAUGACGACGCACGAAGUCAUGCGUCCAUCGCCCGUGUCGACGCUCCGCCACGCCUCGGCGCGGACCAUGUCGGUGCACGCUGCGGAUGCGCCAGCGCUGCCCCGGCUCGCGUCGGUGCGUUCGAUGCCGCGAGCCGCGUCCAGCCGCGCGAUACCGACGCGCCCGCCGUCCGAGGCCACGGGCUUGUCGUGGCAGUCCAAGGUGCUCUUCCUGUACGGCCUCGUUCUCUGUGGUGUCAUUGUCUUCGAGGCGCCGCUCGAUGUGACGCUCCUCCUCUUUGCAAUGCUUGCGCUUGCGUUUGGCUGCAUGGCACGCAUCGAGUAUGCAUCCAGCACCAAGCAAGUCGAUCGGAUAUUGGGCUAGCCUCGACAUCAUGAAAUAAUUUAUUCCGUGCACGCUAC